UAUUGUUGUUCCGACAUCGGCGAGCGUGACACACGCAUUUAUUAAUAAUACAGAUACUAUUUAAUUCGCCCGAUAAUGAUGACGUGUGCUGCAGCAGUUGUAGUCGUUUUGCGCGCGGUUUGAAUAUUUUUCGACGUGAAAAUUGUAAUCCCGAAUAACCAGCCAGGUCCAUCUAUAUCGAUUACGUUUCGGCACGGAGGGCCAUCGUUCGUGACACUCGGCAAACUCCGGUGCUGCCGUACCGCUGACCACCACCGCCUGCGCCAAUAGGCCAUGAGAGCAAUAAUAUUAUGCCGCCGGAGACGUAUCUAAGGUCCGAUCACGUUGUUGGCGAUCAUUUACAGACAUCUUCCAUACCGCGUUGUGGUCGUGCGGCGACCAGUCAUGCAGGUACUAAUGCAAUCGGCGUGUACCAUGUGAGUUUGAAGCGACAACGGCUGCUACCGAAAAACGCACAUUGCUCAAGGGACAUGUUUGUUAUCAGAAGUAUUAAAUUUUGGCAUAAUUGGAAGAGUUUAUCGUUGAAUCAAUUUAUAUUCCUAAUCAUCAUAUUGCAGAUGCACGAGGUUCUUGCAGAGACUGAUUUGUUGGGCACUACAACCACGAACGGAAUAACGACCAUAAACGGAACUAUGUGCAAGAAGCGAUGGACAUGCUCGUCGUGUACAGAAGCAACGAUACCACUAUGUAGCUGGUUGGAUGCCAAAAAAAUGUGCGUGGACAAUACAGCGGUAAAAGAGCAAGGCCGGAUGGUGGUCACCAACGGGUCGUCCUGUCCAAAGUUUUCAGUCAACAAUAGGGUCAACGCAUCGGAUGACCACCAGAUUAUAACGGAUUCGGUUACGGUUAAUGACACGAAAACAUUUCCAUCAUACCAGCCUUCCGGCAGCAGUCCAUCGAGUAACGACAGUUCUCCGGUCCAUCCGACAUUGGACGACGGCCAAGUGUUUGGUGGUGUGAAGUCCGGCGGCACCAAUUUUUGGGUGCAUGGUCAAUAUUUUUCCGGUUUGCGGAAAGUGAAGUAUUGUGUCAAAAAUAGAUACUGCUGCAGUACAUAUUGUGAUGUCCGUAACGACACGCAUAUGGUUUGUCCGACUCUUAGGUUUACCAGCGAUCAGAAAAAAGAGUAUUUGAGGUUUUACGCUCAAAAAUCUAACGGAAUAGAGUAUGAGCUCGAGUUACCCGAUUUAGAUUACCAUCGAUAUCACGAUCCGGAGUUCACGGACUACGUGCUUGGCGGUUGCUGCAACGUUACCUUACAUGGUCGACACCUGGACAAAGGUUUCAACGCUGAGGACUUAUCCAUUAUAGUGGUAGGCGAAAACUCGUCCUUUCCUUGCCAGAUCACUUCGUUGGACAGCGACCAGAUCAUUUGUAAGGUGUCGCAGCCAUCGUCAUCUCGAUUAGGCCCACUGACGAAACAGAUCAAUAUCAUGGUAGGCGACAAUCUGAAGGUCGUUAGGCAGUCGAAACAAAAAUACAGUUAUUACAAAAGUCCAUCUACCCAGAUCUUAUGGCCGGGUGUCGUCACUAUAGGCGCGUACGUUUCUUUCAUUGCGGUUCUAUGUUUUGCCCUCGUAUUUUUUAGGGCCAAAAAGGACUAUGACCUAUUACAUUUACAUGGUCGCCAGCAUCUCGCAGAAAUUCGACCACUGGACGAACAAAAUCCCAAUGAUUACGACGACAAUGGCAAACCUGAAAAUAUGUUGUUGGUACCUACGUGACGAAUGUCGUUAGUUUUGUAUUUGGAUAUAAUUUAUUAUACGGCCAUUAAUAAUUUAUUAACCAUACCUAUAAUAUUGUAUAUGAUAUUAAUAUAUUCCAUACCUAAGAAUUUUUAAACAUCUUGUUCUUUAAUAAAUCUAUACAUAGGUACACAUAAUUAUGUAAUAAACGUUUAUAUUGUGUAGUAAUAUAAUAUAACAUUAAAUAUAUAAUUUGU